AUGAAUGUAGACCUGAUAGGUCCAAUUGAUCCUCCUAGUGCGAAAGGACAUAAAUACAUAUUAUGUCUGGUUGAUCAACAUACUGGGUGGGGCGAAGCCAUACCGUUGACUAGUCUGAAUGCUAAGGCAACAUGUGAAGCUUUGUUAAGUAUAUUUUCAAGGACAGGUAUUCCUACUGUUAUCGCGUCUGAUAACGGGACCAAUUUUACGGCCGAACUGACUAAAGAGUUUGAAAAACGAAUAGGGAGCAGUCCAAGAUUCUCUACCCCUGGAUAUCCACAAUCAAAUGGGUUGGUGGAGACGUUUAAUAGAACUUUAAAAAACAUGCUGCAUAAUGUAGUCAGGGAAGAAGGUGUGUCGCCAUUUCAGUUACUCUAUGGUAGACAACCACAAGGUCCUUUGCCUAUCCUAAAAUCUACUUGGACAGGAAAAUUUAAUAAUGUACCAUUAAAUAGUACUUCCGUUUCCAAAUACCUGGAAAAUUUAAAAUCAGAACUAGAGAAGGCUGCAGAGCAGGCUAAGCUUGUUUCAGCAGUACAACAGGAAAAUGCGGCGUAUUAUCACAAUUUAAAAUCGUCUAACCGAGUGUACAAAGUUGGAUAUCAGAAAAAGCCUCAUUGUAAUAGUGUUCCUAUUGCAUACAGAAAGAAAGUUGAACGUCAAGUUCAAGAACUUUUAGAGUUAGACUUGAUAGAACCUUCGGUAUCCGAAAUUGCUCAUCCGAUUGUUUGCGUUGCUAAAACGGCUUCUUCAAUGAGAAUGUGCAUUGAUUUUAGAGCAUUAAAUGCAGUCACCAAAGUUCCAGUCUUUCCCAUGAAAGAUUUGCAAGAACUGCAGGGUCAGGCCAUUGGUUAA